AUGAAAAUUGAUGGGAAUCAGAAAACCUUCGAAUUUGACUCAUCGUUUUGGACAAAUAAAAGUAGUUACAAUAUUGAAAAUGGUAAAACAGGAAUGGAUGAUUUGGAAACAAAACUUCCUACCUACUGGAGCACAAAAAUAUGUUUUUUAAACAAGAUAUGUGUUGGAAUGAAAUUCGAUGGUAAGACAAAUUUUAUCAGCUUCAAUUUUCAGGCUAAAUCGUUGUACGAUACCAUUGCCGAUGGAAAAUACCGCCAAACCAAUGUGAGCCGAAACAAAUGGAUGUCAUUGAUUAAUGACAGUGUUCUUCAACUAAACUGCAAUAAAGAAGGUUUCAACGCAAAGGAUGAAAACGAGUUACACGCUCGUGUAAGGCUUGGUAUCAUAGGAAAUGAUAAAAAUAAUUGUUAUUCAUCCGAUUCUUUCAUUGGUUUUGGUGGUCCAUACAACGGUAUUUACUGCGCGCGAAAACCUCAAAUCAACAGCUGCGGGAACUCAGCUUAUUGCACAGGAAAGCCGAUAAUAGAGCUUAAAUCAAUGGGAUAUAUUUUCAUUUCUUAAUUACAAUAGUGGUAAUAGGAACCACAUGUGUUCUUGGUUCAGGCUAUACAUAUUUGUAAUUCGAUUUAUGUAGAACUAGCUGUAGAUGUACUUACUUUUUUAAGUAAGCUUUGCGAACUAUAUUCAACCAUGUUUGUUUGAGUAUUGUUUAGCAGACUUCUUGAAAAUGUCUUAGAAAAUUACUUUUUCAAAGGUUUCAUUUGAUUAUUCUAUAAUGAGCAUAAAAUAUACGUAUUAAACACAUCAAAAUUCA